AUGGCCGAUGCUGUCUUCGCAAGUCCGAAUCCUACAGCCGGUGCAGGAUUCAACACAGGGCAGUCUUCACUUGCAUUCAUCUCGCUUCAAUACAGUGAACCUUGCAAGAUGAACACUCCCAGUGAGAAGAUGUCAGGUCUAAGCACUGAAGUUCCCAAAGACUCGGAAAUCGCACAACCAGGAGAGGUUGUCGACAGCUCGCACCAUAAUCAGGACGUGGAUGUUGCUGCCAAAUUUUUGCAGGAGCUCGACCCGGCCAUUCUGAGAGACCCCAUCACACCGGCUGAGGCACGCAAGGUACUAUGGAAGAUCGACUUGAUCAUGAUUCCGAUGAUCAUGGUCACUGUGGUGUUGGCUGCUGUGGACAAGGUCAUAAUUUCCAAUGCUGCGAUUUACGGCAUGAAAACCGAUACUCAUUUGGUAGGUAACGAGUACUCCUGGGUUGGCUCUAUAUUCUACUUUGGAUACUUGCUCGCCGAGUACCCAGCCGCCUUUCUCAUCCAGAGAUUUCCCAUUGCCAAGUUCUAUGCGGUUUGCAUCAUGGGCUGGGCAGUUCUCUUGUUUUGUACUGCCGCCACCAGUAACUUUGCCGGUCUGGCCACAACCCGGUUCAUCAUGGGCAUGCUCGAGUCUGUCGCUUUCCCAAUCUCCAGCAUCUUGACGGUCAUGUGGUGGACGACUGAUGAACAGCCGAUCCGGCUAGCAUUUUGGUUUAACCAACUGUCCUCUGUCUUCGCCGGUCUCGUGAGCUACGGUAUUGGACAUACAACAACAAGUCUCCAUCCAUGGCGCCUCUUGUUCCUCGUACUAGGGGCUUUUACCGUUAUCUGGUCCAUUGUAAUGUACAUAUUUCUCCCUGAUUCGCCUGUCAAAUGCUGGUAUAUGUCGGAUAGGGAGAAAUACGUCUGUCUUGUGCGGGUUAAAGACAACAACACAGGGGUCGAGGACAAGAAGAUCAAGCUCUAUCAAGUGCGCGAGUGUCUUUUAGAUCCCAAGACGUGGCUACUCGCGUUGUUUUCAUUGGCACAGAACAUCCCCAAUGGCGGACUGGUAACUUUUGCCUCCAUCAUCGUUUCAGGGCUCGGCUACUCGUCGCUCAUUACAACUGUGCUCGGAAUUCCCACCGGUGUUCUAGCAACUGUCUGGCAGCUUUUACUUUCUUUUGUUGCAUCUCGCUUCCGAAACACGCGUUGUCUAGUUAUCGCUCUAGCCAAUCUAGUGCCUAUGAUUUGCGCCAUUCUGAUGUGGAAAUUGCCCAGAGAGAACAAGAACGGCCUCUUGGCCUCAUACUACGUCUUCUACACUUACUGGGGACCUUAUGUGUUGUCGACCUCAUUGCCAAUGGCCAACACGAGCGGCCACUCAAAGAAGCUGACUAUGAAUGCCGUCUUCUUCAUUGCCUACUGUGUUGGAAACAUCAUCGGGCCGCAACUGUUCCGCUCAUCUGACGCUCCGACCUAUUCUCAUGGUUACGAGGGUCUGCUGGCCUGUCUUGUUGUUGCAAUCGUUUCAAUUGUAGCCUAUGGGAUCUUGUGUCACUUUGAAAACAGGAAGCGAGACCGGGAACAGCAGCACUCUACAGUGAGCGCAAUAAACCCAUUCUCAGACCAGACCGAUAAGGAAAAGAGAGACUUUCGAUAUACCUAUUGA